AAGAAAAAAAGAAAAAAGGGAAAAAGAGGGGGGGGGGGGGAAUUUGCGAAAAUCCAAUAUUCUAGCACUUCUAUCAUGAGUCUAUUUAAUAUUGAAAUACGAUCUGGUUCUGAAGUCUCACAACUUCCCCUUGACUCCAACGACCUGCUCCGCUGAGGCAUGAAGUGCCGUUACCUCAGCCAGCAAAAUUCCUUCUGGUACAUCUUCUCCCUCUUCGUUUUCCAGCUCCAAUGCCCAUGUAACUAUCCCCGCCCUCGGGCUUCGCACUUCGAGUUCCAUUUUCAUUUGUUUCACGAACGCGAUCACUGUGUUCUCCUGGAUUUCGUCCCCUUCUUCCACGAGCAUCUCGGUCAGCUUUCCGCUCAUCGGAAGAGUGAUAUGAGAAGAAUUGUUCAGAUCUCCUCGUCGGUGAGUUGAUGAUAGGGAACUUGACGAAGCAGAUGUGCUGGACAAAGUCACUCGAUAUGGAGUAGUUGUUGCGGCUUGAGUCGCAGUCGCCGGAGUUGUGUAUUCGAUUUCUGCACUUAGAGAAGUUGGGAAUUCGUUGCGAAGAAGUUUACUAAGCAGAAGGUGAUGAGGCGUUUGGGAAGCGGAUCCCCGUUUGGAGUUCAAUGGCGUCAACUCAACGGACCAAGCAUCUCCUUUGCGGAAGAGGACGCUGGACGAUCCAAGCGAUAGAGUUUGAGGGGUAGAAGAGGCAGGCGGCAGGCCUGAUUGGUUCGAUUUGGAGCUUGAAAGUUGCUUUCCAUAUUGGACAAUUUCUUCCAGAUGUUUCUCCAGCCAUUGAGUAUCGAUUUGCCAUUGCUGGAAUUCGUGAUUUGCGAGGAUUCCUUUCAGGACAUCGAUGUUGCUCUUAACCCCUGAUAUUCUUGUAUCGUCCAGUACUCUGCGCGCCUUUCGAAGUACAGAAUCCCAACUGGUGGAGGUGACUAUUAUUUUGGCCAUCAUGUUAUCGAAGUCGGAGCCAAUUACUACUGGCGAUGACCCCGAGAUAUUAGUAUCCACCCUGACGCCAUUGCCUCCUGGGACAUGGAAUUCAGUGAUUUUUCCGAUGCUCAACGCGAAAUUCGCGCCUGGGUCCUCAGCACAUAAUCUCAACUGGAUUGAAUAUGCAGUGGGUGGUUGUUCCGGAUUUUUCCUAUCACCCAGCCCCAUAUCUCGCAAUGGCACACCUUGGGCUAGCAGCAGCUGUGUCUGGACAAGAUCCACCGACGAAAUGCAUUCCGUGAUUGUAUGCUCGACUUGAAGGCGGGGGUUGAUUUCUAGAAAGUAGAACUCUGAUAGUUCCCCGCUGACCAAGAACUCGAAAGUUCCCAGCGACAAGUACUUAAUCUACGUUCCGAGUCAGCUAUUGUAUCUGACAUCAGUAGCUAAGAAGGCGACUUACCUCACUCGCAAUCCGUAAUGCUGCCUCGAUAACCCUCCUAAUCAAGCCUCUAUCUUUCAUCAUAGCGGGCGCACACUCCACAAUCUUCUGAAACCUCCUCUGCACACUACAAUCUCUUUCCCAGAGAUGCCUAACCUGCCCAGUACCAUCUCCAAUAAUCUGAACCUCAACAUGAUGAAACCCUCCCACGGCAGCCUUUUCCACGAACACCUUUUUGGACGGAGAUUCCCCAGUCGCCCGAUCAAGAGCAGACUGCAGCUCAUCCGGUCCCUUUACAAAUCGGAUCCCCCGUCCACCUCCGCCAUCCACAGCCUUCACCAUGACAGGAUAUCCAACCUCAGCCGCGAAACGGCUUAUCAAGUUAAUAUCGUUCGUUGGCGUUUUCAUUGCCUUCAAAAUCGGCACACCACAUGCCUCAGCCAACUCCUUGGCUUGUAGCUUAUCUCCUGUCCUUGCCAAUACUUCCCAACCGGGGCCAAUGACUUUGGCCCCCGCUUCCUCCCAUAUGCGCUGGGCAAAUUCUGCGCUUUCGCUUAGGAACCCAUACCCCGGGUGGAUUGUGUCUAUGGAGUUCUCCCGUACUAACUGCACCAGCAAGGCAAUAUCCAUGUAAGACGCUGGAGAUGGUAACGCUAAGACAUGGUGCGGUGCUCCCACGUCACAAUGCGAGCGGUCAUCUGCUGUGUAAAGUGCAAAAGUCUCGAUGGACAAUUCACGGGCCGCCUGGAGGAUGCGAACUGCGAUCUCUCCUCUAAUAAAGGCGGCAAAAAAGAAGAUAAUGGUGUUAGCGUUCUUCCAUCUCUUUUCCUUAUGAUCUCAGCCUUGAAUUUCGUAGUUCCCACGUACCUAUUCGCAACCAAUAGCCGCUUAAUGGGCCGCGCUGGCGGAGGAGUCAUGAUUACUACUUGAGGACUUGGCCACGGGAAUGUACUUAUACAAUAUGCGCUGCCAUUCAGGAAUCAGGGGGUGGAAAAAAGAAAAAAAAAAAAAAAAAAAAAAAAAAAAAAACAUAAACCCUCUAUUUUUGCCGACUGAGCCUCAGUAGCAAUCGCACACAGAAAAAAGAAGCACAAAAGGAAUUCAUUUAAAAUAAGCCGGAAUAAACAACUGCCCCCUUGCUCCCGAAAGGAUUUUUAACUUAAAUAAUAUAUUCCUCCAUGUCUUCACCCCUUGACUGGCCUGUUCCCAGCUCGGGUGGGUUCGAUGUUGCGGGGAACGAUCGGUUUUGCCGCAGUCGUAGAACGGCCGAGGUUCGGCCCAUCAAACCAUCUACACAACACAUCAACCAGUUGUUAAACUCCACACGUACAACAACAACUGGUUGAAUGCGUCUAUAUAGAUGUGUGGUUUCUCGUAAAAGAUUAAGGGAAAUCAUCGUUGUCACCGUUCUGUUUGAAGCUGGUCGUCUAUACGCAAGUCGAUCCUACGUGGGCAGCUUCACGUGUAGCAGUUUUUCGGCUUGCCGUGUAACCUAUUUCGGCAAUUGCGGAUUGUAUAGCCGGAAAAGCAGCCGAUAUAGGUUCGGGCACAGGAGCUACAUUUUGAAGCAUGAGGAUGGGAAAUUCCUGGGGUUGGAAUCCGGCUAUCUGUUUGCUAAAACCGAUUCGCUCUCGGUAAUGUCGGAAAGUAAAUAUUACUAUUUACCCAGCACAUCCUGCCUACAGUACAAUUCGGAGUGGAAGAAUUGAUUGUAAAGUCGAUCAAGACAACUACUGAUAUUCCAUUCCAGAGGAAAGAAGAAGCUACGAAGCCAUUAUGGGAGGCAACGGACCCCCAAACGGCAGCUCCACCGUGCCAGAUGCCUCAAACUCGAAAAACCAAGCUACAAACCGACUCAAUCAGCUCUCCUCACAAAUCUCAGGAAGCAACCCGAAGAGCAAAAAAACUAAAAAAUCAGCGUCCGCCCUUCCAGCAGACUACUCCGAUGUACUCGGCCAAAUCGAAACCAUACGCACCUUGGCUGCGAAUCCGGACUUACAAAAUAGAGGCUACAUCAGACAGAAACAGGCUGGAAAGCUAUGGGUCCGCGAACGCAUAGACCAGCUACUUGACCCAGGGACGUUUCGCGAAAUAGGGUCCGUCAGCGGCAGGGUGAAAUGGCAGCAAACAGGCCCACUGACAGAGAAACCCGUGGCAUUUACGGCCACCAACAAUCUGCAGGGCCUAGGCAAGUUGCGAGGCCGGACCAUCGUGUUCACUGCGGAUGAUUUCACCAUUCGUGGAGGACACGCGGACGGCGCGAUAGCGGAGAAAACCAUGUAUGCGGAAAAAAUGGCCGUUGCGAUGAAAUUGCCCAUUAUUAAAUUGGUGGAUGGGAGUUCGGGGGGUGGGAGUGUGACGACGAUCAGAAAGGAGGGAUGGUCGUACAUACCGCAUGUCAGCUCGUUUCAUCCGAUGGUUGAGCAACUUAACUCAGGUGUGCCGAAUUUAGGUGCAGUCGUUGGACCGGCGAUCGGACUGGGCGCUGCAAGAGUCGUUUCCUGCCAUUUUUCAGUUAUGGCAGCGGACAUAGGUGCUCUCUUCAACGCCGGCCCGAAGAUCGUUGAAGGCGCCACUUUCGAGGAAGGUCUCGAUUUCCAGGACCUGGGCGGUUCGAUGAUGCAUUGCACAAACGGCACGAUAGACAAUCUUGCCGCAAACGAAGCAGAAUGCUUCGAGCAACUCAGGACUGUUCUCGGAUAUUUGCCCAAUUGCGGUACCGAAGCACCACCUGUGGUUCCGUGCAGUGACCCGGAGGGCAGAGAAGAUAUUUGGCUUCGAACAAUCAUCCCAAGAAAGCAAACGAGAAUGUACAACCCCCGAACCAUCAUAAAUUCUGUGGUAGAUCAAGGAUCAUGGUUCGAAAUCGGGGCGCUAUGGGGGACGACUGCUAUCACUGGUCUUGCUAGACUGGGAGGUAGACCCGUGGGGCUUAUCUCCUCGAAUUGCGAAGUAAACAGUGGCGCUUUAGAUGCGGCCGGAAGCCAAAAGUUGACCAGAUUUUUGAAGCUGUGUGACGUGAUGAACCUCCCACUUCUUCAAUUCGUUGACGUCCCCGGAUACGCCAUUGGGACUGUAGCAGAAAGAAGUGCGACCAUGCGCUGGGGUGUAGAGCUUGGCAAGACCUACUUUUCCACCACAAUGCCAAUUUUCAACGUUAUCACAAGGAGAGUAUAUGGUGUGGCUGGCGGUAUUAUGGUUGGGUGUCGAGAUCCCGCAAUGCAAUGUGCCUGGCCAUCCGGGCAAUGGGGAUCACUACCAUUAGAUGGCGGCAUCGAAGUUGGUCACCGUCAUGAACUGCGAGAGGCAGAGAAGGUCGGGAAAAAGGCAGAGCGAUACAAGGAGCUGGAAGAAGAAUAUCUUCGACUCAUGAAUCCAGUCAGAACGGCGAAUGCAUUUGGGGUGGAAGAAAUUGUCGAUCCCAAAGACACGCGCUCGAUAUGCUGUGCCUGGGCUGGGCGCGUGUAUGAUGUCAUCAUCCCUCAGCGGUUAUUAGACAGGGCAAAUGGAAAGAUUCAGCCGAACUUCUUUUAAGUCUCUUGUCAUGGCUAGAUAUUCUUUUCUUUUCUUUUCUUUUCUUUUUUAAUUUCUCAUCAUCUCGAGAUAGAAAAAUAGAUCUGAUAUGUUAUUCGA